AUGAGAAGUAGAGAAUUUCGCAGCGUCUUCUUUCAGGAGAUCUACCCCCCAAAACUCGAGGAGUUUGUAGGUUACACAGAUGGCGCAUGUACUGAACAUGAUGUGCGGACGUUUGAAAUAAUAAUGCUCAAAGAGUUACAUUGGUCGCUGUCACCUUUGACAUCGAUUCACUGGCUCAGCAUGUACAUGCAAUUUUUAGGGAAAAAAGAGGCCGUAAAAAACGAUGGAGAAAAGCACGUGGUUGAUCAACGCUUCACAGUUCCGGACACACUUAGGGAAGAUUUCAUGAACAUGGCUAAGGUACUAGAUCUAGUUCUUUUUGACGUUGCGUCACUUAAGUACUCUUAUCGACAGCUUGCUGCUGCCGUUCUUUUUGCUUGCUAUGAGCCCCACUCACUUGUACAGGAGGUGACAGGUUAUGCUUACUCCGAUCUCUUAAAUGUCGUAGAGUGGGUAGAGCCAAUAGUGAAGGUUUGCGAACGUUUACGUUCCCACGGAGAUCCUAUGAUGAUUGCGGAGGGUGUUCGUGCAGACGAUUUGCACAACAUACAAACACAUCCAGAGCAGGACUUUGAAGAAAUUGUAGCCGAAAUUGAGCGCGAACGUGAAGUUGUAGAGCGUUCUCGUCAGAAGCUUCCGAUUGCAAGACGAAGAGGCCCUCUGAGAACCCGAUGUACUAAUCCAGACCAAAUAACAAUUUUUACGUAG